GAAUUCGGCGGCCGGGGCGGGCGGCGGUUGCUGCGCGGCGGUGAGACAAGAUUCAUCUGCUUGACCUGAAAAAGUCUUGGAAGCAAAGAAGGGGGACAAAAGGGACAUUGUUAUGUCUGCUGCUACGGAAGAAAAUGUCUGUAAUCAUGUGAAAGUGGUGGUCCGUGUCCGUCCAGAGUCUCAAAAGGAGAAAGAUGGCAACUUUAGCAAGGCUGUUCAUGUUGUUGACCAGCAUAUAUUGGUCUUCGAUCCAAAGGAUGAAGAAGUUAGCUUCUUUCACGGGAAGAGACUGACCCAUAGGGAUAUUAAUAAAAGAAAAAAGAAGGAUCUCAAAUUUGUGUUUGAUGCUGUUUUUGCUGAAAGUUCAUCCCAGUUGGAAGUUUUUGAGCAUACUACCAAAAGUGUAAUCGAUGGCUUCUUAAAUGGAUAUAACUGCACAGUGCUUGCAUAUGGCGCAACAGGAGCUGGAAAGACUCAUACAAUGUUAGGCUCCCCUGAAGAUCCUGGAGUGAUGUAUUUAACCAUGAUGGCACUUUAUGAUUGUAUGGAUCAGAUAAAAGAAGAUAAAAUAUGCAAUAUUGCUGUCUCUUAUUUGGAGGUCUACAAUGAACAGAUCCGUGAUCUGCUGGUAAACUCUGGACCUCUGGCUGUUCGUGAAGAUGCCCAGAAGGGUGUUGUAGUUCAGGGGUUAACAUUACAUCAGCCUAAAUCAGCAGAGGAAAUCCUUCAAAUGUUGGAUUAUGGAAAUAAAAAUAGAACACAACAUCCCACAGAUGUAAACGCCUCCUCCUCCCGGUCCCAUGCUGUCUUUCAGAUUUAUCUAAGGCAGCAAGAUAAAACAGCUAGUAUAAAUCAAAAUGUUCGCAUCGCCAAAAUGUCUCUCAUUGACCUGGCAGGAUCUGAACGUGCCAGCGUGACAAACACCAAGGGGGCUCGUUUUAGAGAAGGAACAAAUAUAAACCGCUCCCUGCUAGCUCUUGGAAAUGUCAUUAACGCUUUGGCAGAUCCAAAGAGCAAGAAACAACACAUUCCUUAUCGAAACAGCAAGCUUACUCGUUUAUUGAAAGAUUCUCUUGGAGGAAAUUGCCGAACAAUAAUGAUAGCUGCUGUUAGUCCAUCUUCUAUGUUCUAUGAUGAUACAUAUAAUACUCUUAAGUAUGCAAACCGAGCAAAGGAUAUAAAGUCCUCUUUGAAGAGCAAUGUUGUUAGUUUGGACAGUCACAUAAGCCAGUAUGUUAAAAUUUGCAAUGAACAAAAGAAAGAGAUCCUAAUGUUGAAAGAGAAACUGAGAGACUACGAACAAAAGCAGGCAAGCAUUCCUGAAAAUCAUAAUGCUGCUGUACUUCCAAACAACCAGCAAGUGGAAAUAGAAAGAUACAAAGAAAUCCUUAAAAAUGUGUUCGCAAACCGUGAGGAGAUCAGAAAAGAAUACCUCAAGUUGGAAAUGCAGCUAAAGGAAAAUGUGCUGAAGACCUAUUACCAGAAACAAUGUCAUGAACAAAUUCAACUGAUGUGCUCUGAAGAAAUAGUAGAAAAGGCCACUUGCAAGCGGGAUCAAAGGCUUGCAAUGCUUAGAACACACCGCAUACACAUGCAGAAGAAGAAAGAAGAGGAGGUUGAACAUUUUGAGGAAAAUAACAAUUGGCUGCAUCGUGUUGAAAAUGAAAUGCGCCUCCUCGGUCAAGAUGGGUGUAUACCAAAGGAACUCUGUAAGGAUCUGCAGUGCUGCCAUUUAAACCUAGAAGUUAAGGACCUGAAAAACCAGAUUGAGUACAUGUUAUCUCUAGUGUCCCUUCAAGAUCAGCAUUAUAAGCAGACAGAAAAAGUAUUAAAUACUUUGCUUCCAGUUCUUCGCAAGCAGUACCUGACUUUGAAAGAAGCUGGGUUAACAAAUAAUGUAACUGAGACUGAAUUUGGGGAGGUUGAACAGCUGAUUCUGAGACAAAAAUCGGUAGCUUGGGCUGACCAGACUGAAGAAAAGGAACAUCAUCAAAACCAUGAAUUAGAGUUGUCAACUAUCUUUGCAUUCCCACAACUUGUGAACAGACCAAACACCCCAUGCUGUACAACUUUUGGUACACCAUCAGAAGAAAUUAAUAAAAAUACGCAACAAACAGUAGAAUAUGCAGUACCACCACAGAAAAGAACUAGGCGGAAACUAAUGGACUCUCCAGUCACAGCUCAAAGUCCUGCUGCAUCCAAGUACUCCAGUCUCUCUCAUCUGGAGGAUUCUCUUACCAAGGAGGUCCGCCCUAUUGUGUACACGCCAGAAUACUGCAGAAAGCCAGUACAAAACUGCUGUACAGAGACUGUGGUCAAGAAAGCUUUACAGCUUGCAAGCCUUCAGAAAGCUAAUGCAUGUAAUAUAGAUAUGCCAGUGAAAAAGACAAGUAUUAUGAACUCUACCUGUGACAUAAUCCCAGAGUGCGAUGAAGCUGACAUGAACUCAACAGUAAUUCUGUAUGAAGACACAGGUAAAACAACUGAAACAUCUACUGACUCACCCAUGAAGGAGUCACAGACAUGCAACAGCAGCAUCCUGCAAAGAUUUGGUCUCACUUCCUUAAAAACCAAAAAUCCUACUUCAGUACUUGAGAAGCCCUCAUAUAUGGCAAUGACUUCUGCUGCUGAGAGAAAAAGAAAGGUAUUAAGUUCUACAUCAAAUACUGCAUUAGGCAGCCUGCAAGACCCUGUUUCUGCAAAACGCAUUCGACAAGAGGUCUUGUUAAGCCAUAGAGCUUUGCGAGUACCCAGUAUGGCAGGAAUUAAAACAAGGAGCUUGAAGCAAGAACAGGAUGUACCAACACACCUAGUUAGAAGCUUUUCAGAAGGAAACGUAGCAUUGGGUGUUAAAUCAAGGACAUCAAAAAAUCUUUUACUUCGUGUUUGUAAGAAAAAAAAUAGGAUUUAGUUCUGAGUUCAUCCAUAUUUCAAGGAGGAUUGAUGCAUAGCAAAUGAGAAAUGGGAGACUUCAAUUUUCCUCUUGUGAAUUGUUUUGUAUUAAAUAUAUGUCUCAGUAAUGCACUAUUUCAGAAAGAACCACUUUUUGGAAAUACAAGGAUUUUGUUAAAUUCCAAAAUAAAUUAGUUCUUGUUUUGUCUCCUAUUAAAGGUUACAAAUGUCUUUUGUAUACUAACAAAUGAAUAAAAUUUAGUUUGGACUUGGUAAUGGAAAAGUGCACAGUAUACCUAUUGCCGUAAUCUUUGUGAAUGUUUCCCUGUGUUUACGACUAACAGAUUAAUAGUUCAGACAAUACAAGUCUUUAAGGGGAUCGAUGGUGCUGUAAUUUUUAGAUGCUACUUUAAAUUGCUUAUCUACAGUCAGUCUUAAUUUUUUAAUGAGAAUUUUGUGAUAGAAAUGUUAGAAAAAUUCUUUUGACCUGCUUAAAUUAUUUUCACUGAAACUUCCUAAUGUUAAAACUGUUUUUCGUUUGGAAGCAAGUCAAACGGAUAUUAAUAUCAAAAUGCAUUUAUGCUUAGCAUUAGGAUGCCAAUUUAAUCUAAGAUAUGUUAUCAUGGAUAGAUACUACUAAUGUAGUACCAGGAGACAAAAAUAUUUGAGAAGUGUUUGUAAUGAAGUACUAUAUCUAAAUUUUUUUUAGCCUUCCUGUUUUUAGUCUGUUACUUGGUUGUAUGUGCUCCUGUUUUGUUUUUCAGUUUUUUA